GUUGGUUUUGCACACUUUUUCCCGCGCAUUUUCGCACGCGUCGCCACAACAAGAUCGGUACCUCAAAAAAAAAACAAUACAUAUUGCAAUCGAACGCCAAGAACAACACACGCUCGACAUGGACAAUCCCAGCUCUCCGCCGCCGAAUACACGCGACGCCGCCGAACGUCGCGAUCUUCGAGCAGCGAUGACGUCGCCUGUUGGCGAUUUCGAGCCCUUCGAGAACGAGGACGAGAUCCUGGGCGAUCAGACGGUGCGCGAUGAGGCCGAGGAGGAGGAUGGCGAGGAGCUGUUCGGGGACAACAUGGAGAGAUACCGUCCCAUGCCGGAGCUGGAUCACUACGAUCCGGCGAUGCUGGACGACGAGGAUGACUUCUCGGAGAUGUCCCAGGGCGAUCGCUUUGCCGCCGAGUCGGAGAUGCGACGGCGGGACCGGGCUGCCGGAAUCCACCGCGACGAUCGUGAUCUGGGAUUCGGUCAAUCGGAUGACGAGGACGAUGUGGGACCCCGGGCCAAGAGACGGGCCGGCGAGAAGGCAGCUGUGGGCGAGGUGGAGGACACCGAGAUGGUGGAGUCCAUCGAGAACCUGGAGGAUACUAAGGGACACUCCACCAAGGAAUGGGUCAGCAUGUUGGGACCUCGAACGGAGAUUGCCAAUCGUUUCCAGUCCUUCCAGACUUUUGUGGACGAAAGAGGCGCCUACACCUAUCGCGACCGCAUCCGUCGUAUGUGCGAGCAGAAUAUGUCAUCUUUUGUGGUCUCCUACACGGAUCUAGCCAACAAGGAGCACGUUCUGGCCUACUUCCUGCCCGGCCCCUUCCAAAUGCUCGAGAUCUUCGACAAGGUGGCCAAGGACAUGGUGCUGUCCAUUUUCCCUACCUACGAGCGCGUCACCACCGAGAUCCAUGUCCGCAUCUCGGAACUGCCGCUUCGAGAGCUGCGCACGUUCAGGAAACUUCAUCUAAACCAGUUGGUCCGCACUUUAGGCGUGGUCACUGCCACCACGGGUGUCCUUCCCCAGCUAUCGGUGAUCAAAUACGACUGUGUGAAGUGCGGCUAUGUGCUGGGUCCAUUUGUCCAGUCGCAGAACACGGAGAUUAAGCCGGGUUCCUGCCCAGAGUGCCAGAGCACUGGGCCUUUCUCAAUCAACAUGGAGCAGACCCUGUACCGCAAUUACCAGAAGAUCACCCUGCAGGAGUCGCCAGGCAGGAUUCCAGCUGGACGCAUUCCUCGCAGCAAGGACGUAAUCUUGCUCGCGGAUUUGUGCGAUCAAUGCAAACCAGGUGAUGAACUGGAGGUCACUGGUAUAUACACCAACAACUACGAUGGCUCCUUGAAUACAGAUCAGGGAUUCCCCGUUUUUGCCACCGUGAUUAUUGCCAACCAUGUGGUUGUAAAGGAUUCCAAGCAGGUGGUGCAGUCGCUUACGGAUGAGGACAUAGCCACCAUUCAGAAGCUGAGCAAGGAUCCGCGCAUUGUAGAGCGAGUAGUGGCCUCCAUGGCGCCCUCUAUUUACGGACACGAUUAUAUCAAGAGGGCUCUGGCAUUGGCUCUCUUCGGUGGCGAGUCCAAGAAUCCCGGAGAGAAACACAAGGUCAGGGGAGAUAUUAACCUACUUAUCUGCGGAGAUCCCGGCACGGCCAAGUCGCAGUUCCUGAAGUACAUCGAAAAGGUUGCUCCUCGUGCUGUUUUCACCACCGGACAAGGAGCUAGCGCCGUGGGUCUUACGGCUUAUGUGCGCCGGAAUCCUGUGUCCCGGGAGUGGACAUUGGAGGCGGGGGCUCUGGUGGCAGAUCAGGGAGUAUGUCUUAUCGACGAGUUCGACAAGAUGAACGACCAGGAUCGUACCUCCAUUCACGAGGCCAUGGAGCAGCAGUCCAUCUCCAUUUCCACUGGUAUUGUCACCUCUCUCCAGGCUCGUUGCACCGUCAUUGCUGCCGCCAAUCCCAUUGGCGGCCGCUAUGAUCCCUCCAUGACGUUCUCGGAGAACGUGAAUCUAUCGGAGCCCAUCCUGUCCCGUUUCGAUGUCCUGUGCGUAGUGAAGGACGAAUUUGAUCCCAUGCAGGAUCAGCAGUUGGCCAAGUUCGUGGUGCACUCGCACAAACACCACCCUAGCGAGGAGGAGCAGCCAGAGUUGGAGGAGCCGCCUAAAACCGUGGAUGAGAUCCCGCAGGAUCUGUUGCGACAGUACAUCGUAUACGCUAAGGAGAACAUUCGGCCCAAAUUAACAAACAUCGACGAGGACAAGAUCGCGAAGAUGUACGCCCAGCUGCGUCAGGAGUCCUUCGCCACUGGUUCGCUGCCCAUUACAGUGCGUCAUAUUGAGAGCGUGAUCAGGAUGUCGGAAGCCCACGCACGCAUGCAUUUGCGAGAAAAUGUAAUGGAGGCCGAUGUCAGCAUGGCUAUCCGCAUGAUGUUGGAGAGCUUCAUUGAGGCGCAGAAGUUCAGCGUGAUGAAGAAGAUGCGCAGCACAUUCCAGAAGUACCUGUCCUUCCAGAAGGACCAUUCCGAGCUGCUCUUCUUUAUCCUGCGGCAGCUGACGCUGGAUCAGCUUGCCUAUAUCCGCUGCAAGGACGGGCCAGGUGCCACGCACGUGGAGAUUAUGGAGCGGGAUCUGAUAGAGCGGGCCAAGCAGUUAGAUAUUGUCAACCUAAAACCGUUCUACGAUUCGGAUCUUUUCCGCUCCAAUGGAUUCUCUUACGAUCCGAAGCGCCGCAUCAUCCUCCAAAUUGUGGUCGACGGCAACACAGCUUAAGUUUUAGUUUCCUAUCCCAUCUCAUAUAGUUCGUAGUGCUCACAUCCAUGUUUUGUUACUCCCAUUUUUGGUCUAAUAAAGUUUAUAUACUUAUGUAUUUAUGUAAAACUGAAAA